GGGCGAGCCGUGACUCUUCCCUGUGGUUCCGAGGCCCCAACCCCCACCCCUUUCCACUCUCAGUCUUGGGCUUGGGCUCCUGCCAGCGUGCACCGUCCACCGUCCGUCCGUGCAGUCCCUUCUCUGUAUUGGCGCUCUGGUGAAAGCGUUUUUAAUGGCCCUGGCCUCAGGGCAGGGGCCAAAUCCCCAAGGUGCACACAAGGCUGGCCAAUUCAUGAAGUCAGUGAAAUUUGUCUUUAGCCAUCCUCUAAAUGCCAGCCUCCCAUGGCAUUUCCCUGAACAGGGUCCUAUGGGGAAAGCAAAUCGUCCUUGAGUUUCCGAGACAAAGUCUCUCUGCUCACAGUGCUUAAGAUCCACCAGGAGCUUUCUGAGGUCAUUUCCCCUGUAAGACAGUUCCCCCUCCCAGUAAAAAGAGAUGCUUUCGAGUGCCACAAGCCACCUCUCCCCUCCUUUUCUUGAACCCAAAGUCGUAAAAAGGGUACAGCCAGGAGCACCUCUCAGGGGCUGGCAUUGCCGAGGCCGCCUUGUUUUCUAUUUUUGUGAAAGCCCUUACUUGGUGUCAGACUACUUUCUUUGGGAUUCAGCCCAGUUUCUUUCUGGGUCCGCUGGAUCAGUGUCAGUGUGCAUGGCCAUUUCAGCUCAUUCAGCUCGCUGGGCCUGACAAUCCCCUGGGCCUGGAGAAGUGAGGAUGGUCAGGGGAUGUUCCAGGAGGAAAACACACUCAGCCCUCAAGGGGGUUAGCAUUGGCUGACCAGAUCUGGAUCAGAAGACCUAGAUCAGGGGACAGUGCGGGGCAGAUGAAUAUAGUGCGGAGGACAUCCGAGCAGUCGCUUCAUGUUCUCGGAUGCCUGCGCCGAGAGUUGUUGGAGCCCUGAAGGAGGCUGGGAUUUAGACCGGCACGGGGAAGGCAGGACAUGCCAAGAGAGGGAACAGCACAUGCUGUUCUGUCCCUUUCUUCCACGAAGGGCUGCAGGAGACAAGACGGCAGAGCCUGUGUGCCCGGCCCAGGGCCUCAGCACCUGCAUGGUGAGGGCAUUCUUAAUGGUGUCUGAUCACAGUCUCGUGAGACAGUAGAGCCUUUGGUUGCACCAUCUGGCUUGUGCAGGUCUUCGGCAUUCUUAGCUGUGUAUCCCUCCCAGGAGCCCAUUCUCCGGGCUUUCUCCUUCUCCUACCCCUCCUACCCCGCUGAAUCAUGCCCGUCCCUCCACCACAUGCUUCCGUCCUUCCAUCACCUCUGGGAUCUGCCUUCUGACUCAGCUCCCAGCUCCCCUGAGGGGGCCCAGGCCUGGCUCCAGGACUCCGGUCAAUACCUGGCUUGGGUUGAGAUUUGAUGAGGGGUGGGAUGGGGGGUGCCCCGAUUCUGGCUCAGGGCCAUUUGGGAGCCUUUUAAGGUUGGAAAGGCAGUUUGGGGCGAGGCAGCUGUCAGCCCUUGACUGGGAGUUCUGUUUUUGUGGCAUAGAACCUCUUGAGUUUCAGUUUCCUCAUUUGUAAACCAGAGAUAAUGACACCAUCCUCACGGAUGAAAGCGAAUGUAUGAACGAGCUUUGUGAACUGUAAAGCUGUAGACAAAUGUUAGUUGUUAGCGUUAUUAACGGGUGAUGUUGUGUACAAGAGUUCAGGUUUCUCUGAGGAUCUGGUAACUGUCUUAUCCUUCUCUGUCCCUUUCUUCAGCCUGUCUGUGCCUUGGGGACUCCACCUCUCCCCUGCAAGACCCAUAUCCUGCACACCCUCCAUAGUUCCUAGCUCCUGUGCCCUCAGCUCAUCACAGCAUCUCUGCAUCUCCCCUGCCCUGGGGAGCCAGAAAGCCUUCAUCGCAUUAGUUUGUUGCACCAGGCAUUGCAGCAAGAGACCCACCCUCCUUAAGUCAGGCUAGCUCGGGGGCCCCAGGGGCUGGGACGCAGGCCUUUGGGUCCAGACUUGCCCUGGCUAUUGUAGAACAAGCUGACUUUCUUACCCUACAAGGCACUGUUUAGUCCCGAGUGGCUGGACAGGAGCCAGUGGACCUGAGAGCAGCAAAAGUGGGCAGAACCUGGGGGUGGCACAGAUAUCUGGCAAGGGGUGGUCCCAGGCCUAGAGUCUGCAGGGAGUGAGGGGUGGGGUCAAGGGAGGGCAUCCAGCAGUGUGCCCGUGGGCCUGGUGGGGAGCCGGUAGAGGGAGGCAGUGGGCAGUGUCUUGUGGGAAGAAGCCUGCAUGCAGCCGCCUCCUUCUCUUGCUCCUUACCCUCCCCCUGCCCAGUGCCAUGGUAACCAGGGCUGGUUGCCCAGUCCCCUCUUGGGGUCCACCCUAACAGGGCCUGCUUUUGAGGGCCCACAGAUCUCAAUUCCUGGUUGGGAGCCAUGGUAACCAGGGACUGGAUAACUAGAGAAUGUAGUCCCGAGCACGGUGGUUUAGGGAGCAGGGUCUGUGCGCACAGGACCUGUUCCUCAUCAGCUCCCCAGGUCCCUCCCACCCUUUCCACCCCACUGAAUCGUUCUGCUGAGACCGCAGCUGUUCUCCCAAAGUGGAUGUGUGUAUCGGGGCGGGUGACUAGGGAGUGUGAGAAGCAAACCAUUCCCCACUGCUGGCCACAUCCAUCUCACAAGUAUUUAUUGAGUGCCAACUAGGUGCCAAGUGCUACGUCUCUCUAAACAGUUUCUUCUGUUUGAAGAGUGCCAUAGUCUUUCCCAAACCCUCUCACAUCUCUUCCCUGGCAAUAUCAUUGUGCCUCACAUAUCCCUCAGAGGGACGUGUGACAGGUGGUAACAUUUCCAUUUUGCAGACGAGAAGACAAAAAUGUGGGUAGGAAAGUGAGGUAGAGCUGGCACUAGGCCAGCAGCCUUUAUUUUGCACUUGCAGUCUGCCUAGGGAUGUUACCAGAAACAAGCAAUUUAGGGUGAUGGAAAUAACUGUCCAUGAAGCAAAUAAACUUAGUGUGGGGUGCAAAUAAAAACACAUGACCAGGCCGGGCAUGGUGGCUCACGCCUGUAAUCCCGGCACUUUGGGAGGCUGAGGCAGGCGGAUCACUUGAGGUCAGGAGUUCAAGACCAGCUUGGCCAACAUGAUCAAACCCUGUCUCUGCUAAAAAUACAAAAAUUAGCCAGGCAUGGUGGCAGGCACUUGUAGUCCCAGCAACUUUGGAGGCUGAAAUGGGAGAAUCACUUCAACCUGGGAGGCAGAGGUUGCAGUAAGCUGAGAUCAGGACAUUGCACUCCAGCCUAGGUGACAAAGUGAGACUCUGUCUCAAAAUCAUAAAUAAAUAAAUAAUACAUGACCAAUUAGCAUUUAUUGAGUGCUUCAUAUAUACCAGGUCCUGUGUUAAUUGGAUUAUUUUGUUUAAUCCAGCCUUAUGAGAUAGGUUCUAUUAUGCCCAUGUUACAGAUGAGGAAACUGAGACUCAGAAAACUUUAGCAAAUUGCUCUCCAGACACAGUGGUUCACACCUGUAAUCCCAGCAGUUUUGUCUGGAGCAGCAUUGGUUAAUAGACGUUUCUGUGAUAAUGGAAAUGCUCUAUACGUGUGCAGUCCAGUACAGCAGCCCUAGCUCACAUGUGGUUAGAGAGCACUUGAAAUGCAGCUGAGGUGGCUGAGGAACUGCAUUUUAAAUUUCAUUUCAUUUUAAAUAACUGAGCGUUUAAAUAGUCUCAGGUGGCCAGUGGCUGCCUUCUUGGGAUGGUCAGCUCUAGGAGCUUAGGGCCGGUUGGAGGCUGGAGCUGUGAUUUGAAGCCCUGUCUCAGUCUCUCAAGCCUACACUCCUAACCACGACACUAUCCCAUCCCAUCCCCCUUUUCUGUUGCUCUGAUGAAGUUUGAGGUUGAGGUGGCACUGAGCUCAUGAGCUCACUGGGAGGGCACUGGUGAUGCCCUCUGUGGGUGGGUCAGAUUGGGGGCUUCCUCUCCUUCCUCUGUUGAUUCCCCACCUGUGACACAGCUGUGGUCCUUCUGUUUCCUUGCAGGCCUGGGGUGAGCACACCCAGCUUUCUCACAAUGGGCUCUGGCAGGAGGCCCUCUGGGUGCUGGCCAGGAGGAAGCGGGGAUAUGGGAGGCCCCAUGGGCCUGGGCCUCAUCCUGCCACCUCCAGUCCUGCCCUCAAGUAUAGGUCUCCUAUAUUUGAGUUCAAGAGUCUAGCAUUUUCCAGCCAAGACCUUGGCCUCUUCAUUGCACCUUAGCUGGUCAUGGUUUCCGUCACGUUUCCUGGCUGUAAAGUGAGGAUCAUCAUACCACCCAGGCUGCCUACUCAGUGAGGUUCCAGAGGGUCUGUGAGGAGGGUGAGUUGGCUCAGGGCAUUUGGGCCAGCGGAUACGGCUCAUCGAAGCCCAUUUUCGUCCCACUCAUUUGAUCAACAUGACCACAGCAGAAAAGAGGUGGUUUAUUGGGGGCCAUGAAAACAAAAACAAAGAAGAAAACCGUGGCACCUCUGUCAGUCCCUGUCUUCUCUGGCCACCUGUGUCAUAGUUGCAGUUUCUCCCUUAUGAUGGCAGUGGCUGCGAUGGGGAUGAUACCACAUGGCCCCCAUCGUCAGUUGUUGAUAGGGGUUUGGACAAUACCUGACAAAGUAGUGUGGCAUGGUCCCCUUACCCAAACUCAGCCCUCCCUCCACCCUUCUGCCUGCCAGAAACAGAUUUGCUUGACAGGUGGCCUCCCCGAGGCUGGUACCUAGAACAGGGGCUAUCACUCACAGCCUGUCAGAAGAAUGGAGAGCUCAUUUACUGUUGUUGCAGCUUCCUUCUCUUACCUGAAGCAACCUAACAUAACCAUAUGUAAGAAAUUAGGACAGGAGUGGUGGCUCACACCUGUAAUCCCAGCACUUUGGGAGGCUGAGGUGGGUAGAUCAUGAGGUCAGGAAAUCGAGACCAUCCUGACCAACAUGGUGAAACCCCAUCUCUACUAAAAAGACAAAAAUUAGCCAGGCGUGGUGGUGGGUGCCUGCAAUCCCAGCUACUGAGAUAGGAAGGCUGAGGCAGGAGAAUCACCUGAACUCGGGAGGUGGAGGUUGCAAUGAGCGGAGACUGCACCACUGCCCUCCAGCCUGGAUGACACAGUGAGACUGUCUCAAAACAAAAACAAAAAUAAGCCAGGCGCAGUGCCUCAUGCCUGUAAUCACGGCACUUUGGGAGGCCGAGGUGGGUGGAUCACAAGGUCAGGAGUUCAAGACCAUCCUGGCCAACAUGGUGAAACCCCAUCUCUCUAAAAUACAAAAAAUUAGCUGGGCAUGAUGGCGCAUGCCUGUAAUUCCACCCACUCAGGAGACUGAGGCAAGAGAAGCACUUGAACCUGGGAGGUGGAAGUUGCAAUGAGCCGAGAUCGCGCCAUUGCACUCCAGCCUGGGCAACAAGAGUGAAAUUCCAUCUCAAUAAAACAAAAACAAACAAACAAAAAUUGUGAGGCAUCCCCUUUGCCUUCGAAGUAAAGGCUGUACACCUUCAGGUGGCCUCUGCCACCUGCACCCAUAGGGCAAAAGGUGCCAGAGGCCUGAGAUGGGCCCUCAGGUGGCGGUGGGAGGCAUCUGCUCGAACACAGGGGUGCCCCACUCCUUACUUCUUGACCCGGUUUUAUGGGCAGACAGUUGAGCUACAGCCCUCUGCACAUGUGCCUUUUGCUUCAAACUUUGAGGUGUGCACUUUCCUCUGCCUGGAAUACUUUUCCCUGCAAACUCCAAUUCCAAUACCGCCUCUUCCUUCAGUUCCCUCGUUCUCCCUGGGCCAAAAGUCAUUUCCCACCUUCCAUACUCCCACACCCCUUAUCUGUUGCUCUCUUGCUACCUUCUACUUCCUGCUUGCUCUUGAAGUUGCUUGUGUAUCUGGCUUGUCUUCCACACCACCCAGAAGUCGCCUGAGGACAUGACCAUGUCUUUGCCACUCCUUAGCACUGUUCAUGGGGGCCCUCUUGGACAUUCAGGGGCUGUGUGGACUGCGAGGCUGUAUGUGAAGUGGCAGUGGGUAGGCAGAGACCCCCAUGACUUUUCAAGCCCUUGAAGAACCUGGGUGAGACACAGAGGUGAGGCUAGGCAUGACGCCCAGCCGCAAGGGUCAUGAGGCUAUUCCUGAGGGGAGCUUAGGAGAGAGACUGGGGAGCGGUGGUCCUCAGAGUGUGGCCCCCAGACCAGCAGCAGCAGCAUCCCUUGAAAAUGUGUUAGAAAUGCAGAUUCUUUUUUUUUUUUCCAAUAAGCCUUUUACACUCCUAAGAAAUGCAGAUUAUUGGCCCCAGCCCCGACCUACAGAAUCAGAAAUUCCGUGGGUGGAGCCCAGCACGCUAUGGUCUAAGGAGCCUUCCAGGUGAUUCUGAUGCACAGAAAACUUUGAGAACCACUGCCAUAGAGUUACAGAUCGUGCCCAAGAUGGGAGGUCAGAUCGUGCUGUGGGAAGCACACCGGCUGUGGAGUCAAACCUCCUAGGUUCAAAGCCUGGCCCUGUUGAAGUGGGGCUCAGUGAUACCACCUCUUAGGGGUAUCCUCCUCCCAUAAAGUCAGCAGUGGUUCCUAAGCUUUCGUGUGCACAAGCGUCACUUGGGGUGCUUUUUAAAAAUGCAGUUUCCUGGGCUGGGCACGGUGGCUCACACCUGUAAUCCCAGCACUUUGGGAGGCUGAAGCAGGUGGAUCAUGAGAUCAAGAGAUCGAGACCAUCCUGGCCAACAUGGUGAAACUAAAAAUACAAAAAUUAGCCAGGUGCGGUGGUGGGUGCAUGUAAUUCCAGCUAUUUGGGAGGCUAAGGCAGGAGGAUUGCUUGAACCCAGGAAGUGGAGGCUGCAGUGAGCCAAGAUCACGCUACUGCACUCUAGCCUGGUGACAGAGUCAGACUCCAUCUCAAAAUAAAAAAAAAAAAAGCAAUUUCCUGACAUUUCAGAAAAUCUAAUUCACAGACUGGAGUAAGGUUGAGAAAUCUAUAUUUUAAAUAAGCCCGAGGUGGUCCUGAUGUUAGCAGGUCAAGUAUCAUUCUGAGAAGCCCUGAUGCAAAGGGCCACGUGUGACACCUUUUAUGUACUAGAUAGUCACAGUGGUGGCUGCAACUCUGAUGUGAGAACACAUCAGGGGACAUUGGAACAGUUGGGGCUGGCGAAUGUGCUGGUCUGAGGAGAGAGAGUUCCCUGUGUGCUUCCUAACGCCAGCAUUUUCAUCAAAUGAGUCUGACCUGAGAGUGAUGUUGAAAGGGCAGACACGAGCACUGGGAGCCAGCGUGAAGGGGCGGUACUUCCGCAGCGGGUUGUUCAGGGCCAGUGAGUGUAUGUGCCUCUUAGGUUUGGAGGGGCGGCCGCUCUCUCCUUCCUGGCUGGUGUAAUUGUGCUUCCCACAGUGAGAGUUGGGCUUGUGGGUGGAGCAGGGCUGGAAUGUCAGGGACUGGUUCCAAAGUUGGUUUUGGCAAUAGGGCCAGGGAAGACUAGGUGGCACCAGAUUCUGGUGUGGAGCCUCAGGAGUACUCCUCCAUCAGCCUCCUUGGUCACUCACUUUUGGAGGUAUGGAGGGACAGGGACUACUGCCUUGUCUGGAAGAGGCCUGGGCUGCUCUGACAGUCUCUCUUUCCAAGGGGCUUGAGGAUGGGGUUGCGCUUGGUGGCUGGGAGCCCUCCAGCAUGCUGUUCCCCUGGCCACCACCAGGGGCCUCUCUUCAAGCCUUGGUGAUCGGGCCUUCAGCUUCGCUCUCGCUCCCUGGGCCCCUGAGCCUCCUCAGCAUGGUCCAGGCUGGAGGUGACCUGGAGCAGGACUCUAGGCUCCACAGAGGGGUAGGACUGCUCACCUGCGGGGCCAUGCCUGUGAUCUCAGCUUCAGUGGCCUUAAGCACCAAAUGCCAUUCAGCCUUCUCUCCCCAACCCUACCUCAAGACAGCCAGCCUGAACAUGUUGUGGGCCCCUCCUCUGCCCGGCCCCCAGCCCUCCUUCCUCACUGGCCAUGCUGGGGAACACAGGUCAUGACUUAGGAAUGUGACCCUGGGCAGGGGUGAGGUGAUAGGAAGAGGGAGAAGGACAUGUGACCCCUGCUCAACAGCCCCCUUCUCUCUUGCUGUGUGUCCAAACCCCUUCCCCUGUGAGAAGUACCACCCCUUUAUACUGGCUCCCAGUCCCCCACGCUGACCCCAUGCUUCCCCAACCCAGACAAAUGGGUGCUCAUGAUAAGGGGCCAUUUGGGGGAGGCAGCCCCCGCUAUCCUCCAUAGUGGGGUUGAUGAGUGACAGGCAAGUUGCCAACAGGUGCCCUGGCAGAAUGGGUAGGAGGGCUGCGUGUGGGCUUAGUGCCCUGGGGUGGCUGCUGGCCAGACCUUCUAUGGCUGGGAUGGGGGGCAGAGGCAAGAUUCUGGGCCCCCUCAGGUUCUUCCCCCACCUCUGGGAAGAAGGGCAAAGGUCUUGACAGUCCUCUGAUUUUUGGGGCCAAAGAAAACAGGUACGGCCUAGCUCUGUAGUAUUUGAGGCUCCUUAGCACAUUCUCAGGUCAGGGAUCUUGGUGGUUUAGUCAGAGCAAGGGGCAACCCAAGGAACAGUUGCCAUGGGCGCCUCCUUUGGCAGACAUGUCGGAAUGAAUGGGUCAGGGCACGCAUCUUGACUGGCACAGUGCAGUGCCACCCCUCCCUGUCUUGCUAGGGGACAGAGGCCCCACAUCUUGAGUCAAGGUGCCUCGGAGGGGGCUUUGCUCUUGUCAGGUUCCGGAGCUGUAAGGAGAGGAAAGGCAGAUCCCGUGGGUGGCUUGGGAGUGAGCAGGGUGGCUAAAUCCAGACAGCCUCACUCCGCCCUCCCCUCUCCCCUCUCCUCCCCCUCCACGCCAGGGCCCAGGCUGCCUGUGGUCUCGGCAGGCACCACCUUCCCAGCCAGCUGCCUGCCUGCCUGCCUGCCUGCCAUCCAACCUCCUCCUUCCCCUCCUCAGGCGCCUUCCCCUCCCCAGGGCCUUCUCCGUACAGGGACUGAGCUGGGUCAGCCGAGUGAGUGGGGCUGGGCAGGUUGGACAGGCCCAGCUCCUGCUCCCUGGGGAGACACGCUGGGGUGGGUAGUGGGUAGGCAGCAGGAGGGCCUGGUGCCAGGGCAGAGCGUUCAGGACAGGCACAGGCUGGGGUCCGUGUGCAGAGCCUCAGGGUGGGUCUACAUCCCCUUUUAGCAGCCCCAUCACCUCCGACGAGGAGUACCUGAGCCCCCCAGAGGAGUUCCCAGAGCCUGGGGAGACCUGGCCCAGAACCCCCACCAUGAAGCCCAGUCCCAGCCAGAACCGCCGUUCUUCCGACACUGGCUCCAAGGCACCCCCCACCUUCAAGGUCUCACUUAUGGACCAGUCAGUAAGAGAAGGCCAAGAUGUCAUCAUGAGCAUCCGCGUGCACGGGGAGCCCAAGCCUGUGGUCUCUUGGCUGAGAAACCGCCAGCCCGUGCGCCCGGACCAGCGGCGCUUUGCGGAGGAGGCUGAGGGUGGGCUGUGCCGGCUGCGGAUCCUGGCUGCGGAGCGAGGUGAUGCUGGCUUCUACACUUGUAAAGCGGUCAAUGAGUACGGUGCUCGACAGUGUGAGGCCCGCUUGGAGGUCCGAGCACACCCUGAAAGCCGGUCCCUGGCCGUGCUGGCCCCCCUGCAGGACGUGGACGUGGGGGCCGGGGAGAUGGCGCUGUUUGAGUGCCUGGUGGCGGGGCCCACCGACGUGGAGGUGGAUUGGCUGUGCCAUGGCCGCCUGCUGCAGCCAGCACUGCUCAAAUGCAAGAUGCAUUUCGAUGGCCGCAAAUGCAAGCUGCUGCUUACCUCUGUGCAUGAGGACGACAGUGGCGUCUACACCUGCAAGCUCAGCACGGCCAAAGAUGAGCUGACCUGCAGUGCCCGGCUGACUGUGCGGCCCUCGCUGGCACCCCUGUUCACUCGGCUGCUGGAAGACGUGGAGGUGUUGGAGGGCCGAGCUGCCCGCUUCGACUGCAAGAUCAGUGGCACCCCGCCCCCUGUUGUUACCUGGACUCAUUUUGGCCGCCCCAUGGAGGAGAGUGAGAACCUGCGGCUGCGGCAGGACGGGGGUCUGCACUCGCUGCACAUCGCCCAUGUGGGCAGCGAGGACGAGGGGCUCUAUGCUGUCAGUGCGGUCAACACUCACGGCCAGGCCCACUGCUCAGCCCAGCUGUAUGUGGAGGAGCCCCGGACACCUGCCUCAGGCCCUAGCUCGAAGCUGGAGAAGAUGCCGUCCAUUCCCGAGGAGCCAGAGCAGGGUGAGCUGGAGCGGCUGUCCAUUCCUGACUUCCUGCGGCCACUGCAGGACCUGGAGGUGGGACUGGCCAAGGAGGCCAUGCUGGAGUGCCAGGUGACUGGCCUGCCCUACCCCACCAUCAGCUGGUUCCACAAUGGCCACCGCAUCCAGAGCAGCGACGACCGGCGCAUGACGCAGUACAGGGAUGUCCAUCGCUUGGUGUUCCCUGCCGUGGGGCCUCAGCACGCCGGUGUCUAUAAGAGUGUCAUCGCCAACAAGCUGGGCAAAGCUGCCUGCUAUGCCCACCUGUACGUCACAGAUGUGGUUCCAGGCCCUCCAGAUGGUGCCCCGCAGGUGGUGGCUGUGACCGGGAGGAUGGUCACACUCACAUGGAACCCCCCCAAGAGUCUGGACAUGGCCAUCGACCCGGACUCCCUGACGUACACAGUGCAGCACCAGGUACUGGGCUCAGACCAGUGGACGGCACUGGCCACAGGCCUGCGGGAGCCAGGGUGGGCAGCCACAGGGCUGCGUAAGGGGGUCCAGCACAUCUUCCGGGUCCUCAGCACCACUGUCAAGAGCAGCAGCAAGCCCUCACCCCCUUCUGAGCCUGUGCAGCUGCUGGAGCAUGGCCCACCCCUGGAGGAGGCCCCUGCCAUCCUGGACAAACCGGACAUCGUGUAUGUGGUGGAGGGACAGCCUGCCAGUGUCACCGUCACAUUCAACCAUGUGGAGGCCCAGGUCGUCUGGAGGAGCUGCCGAGGGGCCCUCCUAGAGGCACGGGCAGGUGUGUAUGAGCUGAGCCAGCCAGAUGAUGACCAGUACUGUCUUCAGAUCUGCCGGGUGAGCCGCCGGGACAUGGGGGCCCUCACCUGCACUGCCCGCAACCGUCACGGCACGCAGACCUGCUCAGUCACAUUGGAGUUGGCAGAGGCCCCUCGAUUUGAGUCCAUCAUGGAAGACGUGGAGGUGGGGGCCGGGGAAACUGCUCGCUUUGUGGUGGUGGUGGAGGGAAAACCACUGCCAGACAUCAUGUGGUACAAGGACGAGGUGCUGCUAACCGAGAGCAGCCAUGUGAGCUUCGUGUACGAGGAGAAUGAGUGCUCCCUGGUGGUGCUCAGCACAGGGGUCCAGGACGGAGGCGUCUAUACCUGCACUGCCCGGAACCUGGCGGGCGAGGUCUCCUGCAAAGCGGAGUUGGCUGUGCAUUCAGCUCAAGCAGCUAUGGAGGUCGAGGGGGUCAGGGAGGAUGAGGAGCAACGAGGAAGGAGACUCAGUGACUUUUACGACAUCCACCAGGAGAUCGGCAGGGGUGCCUUCUCCUACCUGCGGCGUGUGGUGGAGCGUAGCUCUGGCCUGGAGUUUGCGGCCAAGUUCAUCCCCAGCCAGGCCAAGCCAAAACCAUCAGCACGUCGGGAGGCACGGCUGCUAGCCAGGCUCCAGCACGAGUGUGUCCUCUACUUCCAUGAGGCCUUUGAGAGACGCCGGGGACUGGUCAUUGUUACGGAGCUCUGCACAGAGGAGCUGCUGGAGCGAAUGGCCAGGAAACCCACCGUGUGUGAGUCUGAGAUCCGGGCCUAUAUGCGGCAGGUGCUAGAGGGAAUCCACUACCUGCACCAGAGCCACGUGCUGCACCUCGAUGUCAAGCCUGAGAACCUGCUGGUGUGGGAUGGUGCCAUGGGCGAAGAGCAGGUGCGGAUCUGUGACUUUGGGAAUGCUCAGGAGAUGACCCCAGGAGAGCCCCAGUACUGCCAGUAUGGCACACCUGAGUUUGUGGCCCCCGAGAUUGUCAACCAGAGCCCUGUGUCUGGAGUCACUGACAUCUGGCCCGUGGGCGUUGUUGCCUUCCUCUGUCUGACGGGAAUCUCCCCAUUUGUUGGAGAAAAUGAUCGGACAACAUUGAUGAACAUCCGAAACUACAAUGUGGCCUUCGAGGAGACCACAUUCCUGAGCCUAAGCAGGGAGGCCCGUGGCUUCCUCAUCAAAGUGCUGGUGCAGGACCGGCUGAGGCCGACCGCAGAGGAGACCCUAGAACAUCCUUGGUUCAAAACUCAGGCAAAGGGUGCAGAGGUGAGCACGGAUCACCUGAAGCUCUUCCUCUCCCGGCGGAGGUGGCAGCGCUCCCAGAUCAGCUACAAAUGUCACCUGGUGCUGCGCCCCAUCCCUGAGCUGCUUCGAGCCCCCCCGGAGCGGGUGUGGGUAACCAUGCCCAGAAGGCCACCCGCCAGCGGGGGACUCUCAUCCUCCUCAGAUUCUGAAGAGGAAGAGCUGGAAGAGCUGCCCUCAGUGCCCCGCCCACUGCAGCCUGAGUUCUCAGGCUCCCGGGUGUCCCUCACGGACAUUCCUACUGAGGAUGAGGCCCUGGGGACCCCAGAGGCUGGGGCUGCCACCCCCAUGGACUGGCAGGAGCAGGGAAGGGCUCCCUCUCAGGACCAGGAGGCUCCCAGCCCGGAGGCUCUCCUCUCCCCAGGUCAGGAGCCCGCAGCUGGGGCCAGCCCCAGGCGGGGAGAGCUCCGCAGGGGCAGCUCAGCUGAGAGCGCCCUGCCCCGGGCCGGGCCGCGGGAGCCGGGCCGGGGCCUGAACAAGGCGGCGUCUGUGGAGCUGCCGCAGCGCCGGAGCCCCAGCCCGGGAGCCACCCGCCUGGCCCGGGGAGGCCUGGGUGAGGGCGAGUACGCCCAGAGGCUGCAAGCCCUGCGCCAGCGGCUGCUGCGGGGAGGCCCUGAGGAUGGCAAAGUCAGCGGCCUCAGGGGUCCCCUGCUCGAGAGCCUGGGGGGUCGUGCCCGGGAUCCCCGGAUGGCACGAGCUGCCUCCAGCGAGGCAGCGCCCCACCACCAGCCCCCACUCGAGAAUCGGGGCCUGCAAAAGAGCAGCAGCUUCUCGCAGGGUGAGGCGGAGCCCCGGGGCCGGCACCGCCGCGCGGGGGCGCCCCUGGAGAUCCCCGUGGCCAGGCUUGGGGCCCGCAGGCUACAGGAGUCUCCUUCCCUGUCUGCCCUCAGCGAGGCCCAACCCUCCAGCCCUGCACGGCCCAGCGCCCCCAAACCCAGUGCCCCUAAACCUAGUGCCCCUAAGUCUGCAGAGCCUUCUGCCACCACACCUAGUGAUGCUCUGCAGCCCCCCGCACCCCAGCCUGCCCAAGACAAGGCCCCAGAGACCAGGCCAGAACCAGUCCGAGCCUCCAAGCCUGCACCACCCACCGAGGUCCUGCAAACCCUAGCGCUGCCCCUGACGCCCUAUGCCCAGAUCAUGCAGUCGCUCCAGCUGUUGGGCCAUGCCCAGACCCCCCAGCAGGGCCCUGCCGCGCCGCCUUUAGAGCCCAAGCCCCACGCUGCUGUCUUCGCCAGAGUGGCCUCCCCGCCUCCAGGAGCCCCGGAGAAGCGCAUGCCCUCAGCCCGGGAGCCCCUGGUGCUAGCCGAGAAAGCCCGGGUUCCCACAGUGCCCCCCAGGCCAGGCAGCAGUCUCAGCAGCAGCAUCGAGAACCUGGAGUCAGAGGCCGUGUUCGAGGCCAAGUUCAAGCGCAGCCGCGAGUCGCCCCUGUCGCGGGGGCUGCGGCUGCUGAGCCGCUCGCGCUCGGAGGAGCGCGGCCCCUUCCGCGGGGCCGAGGAGGAGGAUGGCAUAUACCGGCCCAGCCCGGCAGGGACCCCGCUGGAGCUGGUGCGACGGACCGAGCGCUCGCGCUCGGUGCAGGACCUCAGGGCGGUCGGGGAGCCGGGCCUCGUCCGCCGCCUCUCGCUGUCACUGUCCCAGCGGCUGCGGCGGACCCCUCCCGCGCAGCGCCACCCGGCCUGGGAGGCCCACGGCGGGGAUGGAGAGAGCUCGGAGGGCGGGAGCUCGGCGCGGGGCUCCCCGGUGCUGGCGAUGCGCAGGCGGCUGAGCUCCACCCUGGAGCGGCUGUCGAGCCGGUUGCAGCGCAGUGGCAGCAGCGAGGACUCGGGGGGCGCCUCGGGCCGCAGCACACCGCUGUUCGGACGGCUUCGCAGGGCCACGUCCGAGGGCGAGAGUCUGCGGCGCCUCGGCCUUCCGCACCAGUUGGCCGCCCAGGCCAGCGCCACCACGCCUUCCGCCGAGUCCCUGGGCUCCGAGGCCAGCGCUACAUCGGGAUCCUCAGCCCCAGGGGAAAGCCGAAGCCGGCUCCGCUGGGGCCUCUCUCGGCUUCGGAAGGACAAGGGGUUAUCCCAACCAAACCUCUCUGCCAGUGUUCAGGAGGAGCUGGGUCACCAGUACGUGCGCAGUGAGUCAGACUUCCCCCCAGUCUUCCACAUCAAACUCAAGGACCAGGUGCUGCUGGAGGGAGAGGCAGCCACCCUGCUCUGCCUGCCGGCAGCCUGCCCUGCCCCACACAUCUCCUGGAUGAAAGACAAGCAGUCCCUGCGGUCAGAGCCAUCAGUGAUCAUUGUGUCCUGUAAAGACGGGCGGCAGCUGCUCAGCAUCCCCCGAGCGGGCAAGAGGCAUGCCGGGCUCUAUGAGUGCUCGGCCAGCAACAUCCUGGGCAGCAUCACCAGCUCCUGUACCGUGGCUGUGGCCCGAAUCCCAGCAAAGCUAGCUCCUCCGGAGGUGCCCCAGACCUACCAGGACACGGCGCUGGUGCUGUGGAAGCCAGGAGACAGCCGGGCACCUUGCACGUACACGCUGGAGCGGCGAGUGGAUGGGGAGUCUGUGUGGCACCCUGUGAGCUCAGGCAUCCCCGACUGUUACUACAACGUGACCCACCUGCCAGUUGGUGUGACUGUGAGGUUCCGUGUGGCCUGUGCCAACCGUGCUGGGCAGGGGCCCUUCAGCAACCCUUCUGAGAAGGUCUUUGUCAGGGGUACUCAAGAUUCUUCAGCUGUGCCAUCUGCUGCCCACCAAGAGGCCCCUGUCACCUCAGGGCCAGCCAGGGCCCCGCCUCCUGACUCUCCUACCUCACUGGCCCCGCCCCCAGCUCCUGCUGCCCCCACGCCCCCGUCAGUCACUGUCAGCCCCUCAUCUCCCCCCAUACCCCCCAGCCAGGCCUUGUCCUCACUCAAGGCUGUGGGUCCACCACCCCAAACUCCCCCACGAAGACACAGGGGCCUGCAGGCUGCCCGGCAAGCAGAGCCCCCCCUACCCAGUGCCCAGGUCACCCCAAGUGAGCCCAAGUCUUUUGUCCUUGACACUGGGAACCCGACCCCAGCCUCCACUCCUCAAGGGGUUAAACCAGUGUCUUCCUCCACUCCUGUGUAUAUGGUGACUUCCUUCGUGUCUGCACCGCCAGCCCCAGAGCCCCCAGCCCCUGAGCCCCCUCCUGAGCCUACCAAGGUGACUGUGCGGAGCCUCAGCCCAGCCAAGGAGGUGGUCAGCUCUGCUGGGAGUAGUCCCCAAAGCUCUCCCAGGCCAGAGGUCACCACUCUUCGCCAGGGCCCCCCUCAGAAACCCUACACCUUCCUGGAAGAGAAAGCCAGGGGCCGCUUUGGUGUUGUGCGAGCCUGCCGGGAGAACGCCACGGGGCGAACGUUCGUGGCCAAGAUCGUGCCCUAUGCUGCUGAGGGCAAGCGGCGGGUCCUACAGGAGUAUGAGGUGCUGCGGACCCUGCACCACGAGCGGAUCAUGUCGCUGCACGAGGCCUACAUCACCCCUCGGUACCUCGUGCUCAUUGCUGAGAGCUGCGGCAACAGGGAGCUCCUCUGUGGGCUCAGUGACAGAUUCCGGUAUUCCGAGGAUGACGUGGCCACUUACGUGGUACAGCUGCUACAAGGCCUGGACUACCUUCACAGCCGCCAUGUACUCCACCUGGACAUCAAGCCGGACAACCUGCUGCUGGCCCCUGACAACGCCCUCAAGAUCGUGGACUUCGGCAGUGCGCAGCCCUACAACCCUCAGGCCCUUCGGCCUCUUGGCCACCGCACGGGCACUCUGGAGUUCAUGGCUCCGGAGAUGGUGAAGGGAGAACCCAUCGGCUCUGCCACAGACAUCUGGGGAGCGGGUGUGCUCACCUACAUUAUGCUCAGUGGACGCUCCCCAUUCUAUGAGCCAGACCCCCAGGAAAUGGAGGCUCGGAUUAUGGGGGGCCGCUUUGAUGCCUUCCAGCUAUACCCCAAUACAUCCCAGAGCGCCACCCUCUUCUUGCGAAAGGUCCUCUCAGUACAUCCCUGGAGCCGGCCCUCCCUCCAGGACUGCCUGGCCCACCCGUGGUUGCAGGACGCCUACCUGAUGAAGCUGCGCCGCCAGACGCUCACCUUCACCACCAAUCGGCUCAAGGAGUUCCUGGGUGAGCAGCGGCGGCGCCGGGCUGAGACCGCCACCCGCCACAAGGUGCUGCUGCGCUCCUACCCUGGUGGCCCCUAGAGGCACGGACCACAGCCAGGCCUCGGGCUUCAACUGGGGUUCCCACCAAUGCCACGGGACAUUCCAGGGCCCACGCUGAGCCAGGUGGGCCUGGGGCUUCGGAUACCACCAGCAGAAACAUCUGGCUGGGCUCUUACCUCAUAGACCUGCAAGGACAGCAACCCCAGGGCCUUGGCCUGAUGCCACCCCAGGCCAGAGCCAGAGUGGGAGACCCGCUGGCCAGGCUGGGCAGGGUGGGAACAGGCAGAGGGACAAGAGGGGAAUGGGAAGUAGAGAGGAAAAGAAGUCAAGGGACAGAAAGAGGGAGGCUCUAGGAAGGUUCUGGGUUGGGGGUCAGUGCAUCUCAGGGAGAACCAAGGCGAGGGGCAUGGCUGGAGAGGAGGAAGAGGAAGGAGCCCAGGGUGUCAGGACAGUAGGCUGCGAGUCAGUGUGGCAAAGUGGGCGCAGGACACAGAGACCGUGGUAGGGGCCCAGGGCCAGGAUGUGAGAGAGGGCAGCGAGGCGGUGGAGGGAGAAGAGAGGACUCAGGUGGAGGUGGGGUGGCCCAGCUACCAGCAUCCCACGGAGGAGAAACGUGGAAAGCUGGAGGCCAGCGGUCACUCACACUCGCUCUCCUCCUGUCCAGUGGAUACAGCCCCGGGUGUGCUCUGCUGGCCCCCACCACCCCUCCAUGGCCUUUGGCCUUCUUCCCAUUCGUAUUUAUUUAUUUAUUGACUUUUAUGAAGUUUCCCCUUCCAUCUGAUCCCUACUGCCUAUGUUGUCCUGACCAUCCCUCCCAGCCAUCCAGCUGUCUGUCUGUCACAAGGAAAUAAAAAUGGCAAGCAGCAGAA